CUGCGGCGGGGGUCGGGCCGCAGAGCGGAGCCGCCCGCCACCGGGACCGCACGGCAGCGCCAUGGCCCGCGCCACCCCCACCGCCGCCAUCGCCGCCCUCUGCCUGCUUCUGACGCUCAGCGGUGCUGCAUCGAGUGAGCCAGAUGAGAGUCAGACGGCGUCCCCCGGCGGCUCGUGCCCGGCCGUCUGCACGUGCCACCUGACCGAGCGCAGCCUGGUGCCGCUGGUGCGCUUCUCCGAGACGGGCGACCGAGACCACGACUCUGAGCACCACUGGCAGUACUACCACCAGCGGGAGACCCUGAACGGCAGCUCGGCGGCGGCCGGCACGGACGGACAGCCCGCACAGACCGCGGACCUGGUGGUCUCUGUGGUCUGCGCGCUGCAGUUUGACACGGACACGGCCGCCCUGCUGCAGCAGCUGCCGGCCGACACUAAGUUCCUGUCACUGCUGCAGGCGCCCGACCUCCCGGCCACCUACAUCCGUGCCGAGCACUUCUCAGCGCUCACUCAGCUCGAGGGACUCGAGAUCCAAGGCUUCCACGCGCACGACGACUACAGCCACGACCACGCCGCCGCCGCCGGUCUCCAUGGCAACGACUUUGCGUCCAUGUUGGCGCGCGCCGGCCGUCACCGCGGCCUGCUGGAGCCCGCGCAGCCGGCCAGCGCGCGCAUCGCGCUCAGCCCGGACGCGCUGCGGCCCCUGUCGCGGCUGACCCUGCUGAACCUAGAGCACGUGCUGCUGAGCCCGGAGGCCAGCGGUGGCCCGGCGGCGGCCCAGUACCAGGUGGUGAGCGCCGCCGGCGGGGAGGGCGGCGCGGCCGGGCCUCAGGUGCAGCUGGUGGUCGCCCAACAGCCCGAGGUGGUGCCCUACAACGAGUUCCGGCUGCACGCGGCGCCCCAGUACUCCAGCUUCGCCAACCUGACGUCGCUCGAGUUCCUGCGACUGGCGCACUCCGGCCUGGAGGAGCUGCAGUGGCAGCUGUUCGAGGGUCUCUCCGAGCUCAAACACCUGAGGCUCGAGCACCAGCUGGUGCGCACGCUGCCCGACUUCGCCUUCUUCGGCUGCCCGGCGUUGCAGCAGCUGUCGCUCGCCGGAAACCGUCUGCUCACCGUCAACAUGAAGGGCUUCGCCGGCCUGCUCGACCUGGAGAGGCUCGACCUCUCCGACAACCUGAUCUCGGAGCUGAGCUACGUCACGUUCGCGCCGUUCCCGCGGCUGCGCGAGCUCUCGCUGGCCGGCAACCCGGUGAGCGCCGUGCUCGAGGGCGCGCUCGACAUGAUGAACGGCACCGAGGUGCUGCGACUGGGCGCCGCCGACACGCCGCUCACGGUGCGGCCGCGCGCGCUCCGACACCUCAGCGAGCUGCGCGAGCUCAGCGUGGCCAACCUGACGGCGCCGGGACUGCGCGGCGAGCUGCUGGCCGAGCUGCCGCAGCUGCGCCGGCUAGAGCUGCACGGCGACCUGGGCGAGCUGCGGUUCGACGCCUUCUCGGGCGUGCCGCGGCUGGAGCGGCUCGACGUGUCGCGCUGCCGACUGGAGGACGUCUCUCAGGACGCGUUCCUCGGCCUCGGCCGGCUCACCGUGCUCGACCUGUCGCAUAACGCGCUCACCGAGCUGGCCGCCGAGACGUUCAGUCCGCUGUCCUCGCUGCGCGAGCUGUACCUGCACCACAACCACCUGAGCUGGCUGAGUCCAGAGGUGCUGAGCGGGAUCCGGCCCAAGCUGCUGCAGCUGCAGCACAACCCGUGGGAGUGCACCUGCCAGCUGGCCUUCCUCAGCGCCGCCAUGACCAACAAGGCGCGCAGCGAGCACAGGACCGUCUGCGAGUGGGACAGCAGCGCGCCGGGCGGCCGAUCGUGCCACCACGAGCACCGGGCGCACCUGCACUACGACGCCCGGCUGGAGCCGCGCUGUCACCAGCCGGAGCAGUUCCGCCACUGGGGCCUGUACGAGGUGCUGCAGCAGCAGCUGCGCUGUCGGCGCCGGCCCGCCGCCGCCGCCGCCGGCCGCGCGCGCGCCCAGCUCCACCCGGAGGCCGAGGACGUCGACUACCUGGCCGCGCCCGACGCCGACGUCGUGCUGCUCGACGACCGGCAGCCGACCGAGGACGACGAGUACGACGACUACUCGGCGGCCGCCAUCGCCGACCAGGAGCUGGCCAUGGCCGAGUACUCGGCCGACGACUACGAGCCGGAGUCGGAGCCGGAGUCGGACCCGGAGCCGGUGCAGCAGCAGCAGCAGCCGGCGAACGUACUGCAGCCGGAGCCGGAGCCGGAGUAUGCCACCAUACCGCCGGAGAUGUUCGCCAAACUCUCCAAGAAGGCACAGAAGCUGGAGCGCGAGCGAAUGAACCCGAAAUUCCGCAAGUUCUAUAACCUGUGACGUCGCGGCAGACCUGAUAGGCACCAGGAAGACCGAUAAAAAGUUAGCGUGGUGCCUUUGACGAGCGGUGACUGAUCACAGCGCCAUAUAGUGUUUUCAGUGUGUGCCACCGCACACAGCAGCCCCUCCCACUGAGCUGUUGGCGUGCGGCCCUCCAAACUUCGCGAUCAUUCCUUACUCUGCAGGUGUCUCAUAUCUUUGUCAGGUUUUACUUGGACGAUAAUUUUUCGUCAGCUUCAGCGUGUGUUUCCACCGUGUACGUUGUUUGUGACGAUUAGGAUGCCAAACUCGGUGCCAAUGAUCAGAAGACGUGUUUGCAUUUGCUAUUCUUGGGAUCAACCAAGCGCGAGGCAAUGAUAUUGGAUGAUGCCCAUCACGCAGUACAAUAAAAUGUCAUAACUCCAAA